GUUUAGAAGCCCACUAUCUCCACGGUCGCGCCAGGAUCCUUAUCUUUAUCCUAUUUGACUCAUUGCCUAGUAUGUUGCAGCAGGAUACGGUGUGUCACAUAAAUCAGCAUUAACAUAUCAAACAGAUCUACCGUUACUUUCUGGUCACACGAAACGAUCAGCGACAACCUGUAUUUUUCUGCGUGUGCAGUCUACAAGGAAGGAAUCCCAAUUAUGCGGUUGUCAUCAGGAAUCCAGAUUCUAGUUUCUAUCUCCAUGACAGCUGGUUGCACUACAAAUCCCAUAACAGACAUUGUUGUCCAUCAUAACCAGACUUGGAAUUUCAUCACGCCUCACGGGAUUUGCUCUCCACCAAACACGAACGAUGAUUCCGCCCUUGUGUGUGAAACCUUGGAUUAUUUCUCAGUGUAUACAACAUUGAAACAGUAUACCUGCCAGGACACAGACUCUGUCUUGUUGAGCUUCUGCUGUUCCAUGAGACACACCAUAGAAGACGUACUUCUUGGACAAGGUUUUGGUCUUCACAGAGAAAUUCGGUCAUCAGGAAGAGCCGCUGACCAAAACCCAGAAGUUUGCUGCGUGAAGUUCAAACGUUUCUCUAAUACCGAGACAGUCACGACGUCAUUGAUGCAGUUCGUCAACUCCUCUACCUCUUUGACGAUAGCCGGACCUCCGGAUUUAUCUCUACUUCUUUACGACGUCACGAAACUUACCGGUUGGGAAACGGCGUGCAUACUGUAUUCAGAGGAAUAUUUAUCCAAGACGAAUGUGCUGACAAGGGGGUUAUCCAAGAAUGGGAUAAAAUUCUGGCUUCAUACACUGAUCGGCACAGAAACAGACUUGAUCAGCACUAUGACUACUUGUUACUACUCCAUGAGGAACAGUGGCAUCAACUUUGUCCUGCUUGCAAAUCAGGCGACGCUGGAAAACAUACUCUUGAAGAUGAACUCGUUUACCCGCUAUGACGGCGUGCUUGUGAAGGUGGGGCUCAUGUCACGCUGGCUUGUCUUAUCAGAGGAUAUAUGUGUCACUUGUCUGGAACCAAAAAUCGGAAACGUUAGCAACAUAUCCAUUUUAAAACGGAAGGUGCAUGCUGGGCUGGAGAUGUUAUCAGAAAUGAACUCGACAGAUGUAGUGACGUAUGAAGUAAUGACCUCAUACUGGCAAAAGGCUGGCAGACAGUUUGGUACCGUUGUCACGUGGUCAACACAGCAGCCAAUCACCGUUUAUGACGACAUUUUUCCAAAUGUCAAGAAUGGGCUUAACAAUGCCACUCUGAUACUUACGACUAAAGAGUGGUCGCCGUUUACAAUAAAACAGAAAAUUGACGGCAAAAUUCACUUUAAAGGAAUUUGUAUGGACAUCAUGGACGAAAUGUCGUUUAGGUUAAACUUCAGCUAUAUAAUCGUUGAGCCUCCAGACGACCAAUGGGGAUUAAAGGCCUCAUCCGGAAAUUGGACUGGUAUGAUCGCUCAGCUGGCUAACAGGGAAGUAGAUGUGAUGAUUGGUGCCAUAUCCAUACAGCAAGAACGCGAGGAAGUCAUGGACUUCAUUCACCCAUUUUACAACGACUACACGACUCUCUUGGUGAAGAAACCGGACAAAGCGUUAGAGAAAUGGAAGAUACUAAUCGCCCCUCUGGAGUGGACGAUUGUGGUGUGCGUCACGUGCGCGUUACCACUCAUCACCCUUCUGGUCGCCACCGUGGAAAAAUUCCAUCUGUAUUACUCCGGAAUAGAUCGAUCCCGUCUAAGAGGCCUGCACCGAUUUGAUGACUGUUUAUGGUACAACCUGGCUGCAUUACUGAAUGAAGGUGGUCAACAUUCCCCUAAAGACCAGGCCAGUCGGACACUGGUAGCCUCAUGGUGGCUCUUCACCAUGGUCAUUGUGGCCUCCUACACCAGCACGCUAACGGCGGCAUUAGCUGUGGAAAAAACGGAACUGCCGUUCAACACGAUAGAAGAAAUGGUGGAGCAGAGCCAGUACAAAUGGGGUGGCACAUAUGGCUCGUACAUGUUCAUGUUGUUUCCGAAAUCAGAAAACGAGAUCUACAAGAAAUUGUGGAACGGCAUACAGCGAUUCUGGAAAGAAAAUCCCAACCUUCUAAACAAAAGCCAUGCUGUACAAGUGAACAGAGUCAGGGCUGGGGGAUAUGUGUAUCUGAAUGAUAAGUCCAAAAACCUGAUCGAGAUAGCCCAAGACUGCACCCUGGCAAUGGGUAAACAGGAAUUCCUGCCGCUUAACUUCGGUAUAGGCCUCCAGCAGGACUCCCCAUAUAAGGAGCUAUUUGAUCAUCACAUGAUAACUGUAGUGGAGAGCGGACUUCUGGAGUUGUGGAAAUCAAAAUGGUGGCCUGAAAUGAACAACUGCACGAGUUCGGGUCCAGCUAGCGUGAAGGCCAUCUCCGUGGCGGAUGUCCAGGGAGGGUACUUGGUCCUAGGGAUCGGCAUAGGGUCAGCUCUCAUCACGUUCAUCCUAGAAAACCUGAUUAAACGGACAGCAGCAAGGUGCAAAUGUCCCACCUGUAAAUCGUGA